AUGGCCGAGUUUGACCUGGGAUCGAGCUUUAUACCGGCCCUCCACAAACCCUCAACACUUUUGCCUAUAGCCAAACACCACGACAACCUGCUAUAUCUCAUCGAGACGUACCCGGUCACCAUUGUUGUGGGCCAGACGGGGUCGGGCAAGACCACACAGAUACCACAGUUCCUCGAGCAUGCAGGCUGGUGUUCUGAUGGCAAGAUCAUAGGAGUCACUCAGCCGCGGCGUGUAGCUGCUACCACUGUUGCUAUUCGAGUUGCCGAAGAGUUCGGCUGCGAAUUGGGCAAGGAGGUGGGCUAUUCAAUUAGAUUUGAAGAUGUUACAUCUGCCUCGACUCGUAUCAAAUUCUUGACAGAUGGGUUGCUCAUUCGAGAGGCUUUGGUAGACCCGCUACUGUCGCGCUACUCCGUAAUCAUGGUCGACGAAGCACACGAAAGAUCUACAAGCACAGAUAUACUCCUUGGUCUUCUCAAGAAGAUACGGCGGCGGCGGCCAGAACUACGCAUCAUCAUAAGCAGCGCCACUCUUCAGGCAGAAGAUUUCUUGAGCUUCUUUUCUGAGCAUUCCGACGGUUCGGAGCCUGCACAAGACGGUGAAGACAAGGUCGGCAGAAUAAUCAGUCUCGAAGGUAGAACAUACCCUAUCGAUGUUCUCUACUUGGACUCACCGACGGAGGACUACGUGGAGAAAGCAGUGUCGACCGUUUUCGAUAUUCACACCAAAGAGCCGGAUGGAGAUGUCCUUGUUUUCCUAACGGGUCGUGACGAAAUCGACACUGCUAUUCAAGCUAUCGCUGAUCGAUCGGCACAGCUUCAUCCCAAGUCCCAGUCCAUCAUGGCUUUGCCGCUCUACGCAGGGCUGUCAACAGAGCAACAUAUGUAUGUUUUCGAUGCCCCUCCCGAGAACACGAGAAAAGUCAUACUAUCAACCAACAUCGCCGAAGCGUCUGUGACAAUCGACGGCAUCGUGUAUGUCAUUGACUCGGGUUUCGUGAAACUACGGGCUUUUGACCCGAGAACUGGUAUAGAGUCGCUAACGGCGACACCUGUCUCGAAAGCAUCAGCAGCUCAACGAGCGGGUAGGGCUGGCCGCACCAAGUCCGGAAAAUGCUUCCGACUUUUCACAGAAGAUGCUUUCCAGGGAUUGCCUGACGCAAAUACCCCUGAGAUUCAAAGAUCGAAUCUUGCGCCAUUCAUCCUGCAGCUCAAGGCACUAGGAAUCGACAAUGUUAUCCGCUUCGACUAUUUGACACCACCUCCCGCGGAGCUCAUGAUCAAGGCGACGGAGCUGCUGUACUCGCUAGGUGCUUUGGAUGAAUACGCGAAGCUCACCAAACCAAUGGGUUUACGGAUGGCCGAACUCGCAGUGGAGCCGAUGAUGGCGAAGACGUUGUUGUCGGCUGCCUCUUUCGGCUGUCUCGGUGAGAUGCUGACCAUAGCAGCGAUGACCAGUCUAGGUGGUUCUGUAUGGGUCCAGCGGGACGGCGAAAAGAGGCAGACGGAGUCAGCGAGACGCAAGUUCGCUGCCGAGGAGGGCGAUCAUCUGACUCUUCUCAAUGUCUACCAGACCUUCGUGACUAAGGGGAAGAAAGAGUCAAGGUUUUGCCACGAGAAUCAUCUCAACUUCAAGUCCAUGACUCGUGCGGUGAGUAUUCGUGCACAGUUGAAGCGGUACCUGGAACGAUUUGGCAUUGCAGAAGACGAGAGUCUCAAGACAUCUUCGGCAGGCAGAGGAGAGCAGGUUCGAAGAUGUCUGACCACGGGCUAUUUCGCGCAUGCCGCCAAGAUGCAGUCCGAUGGAAGCUUCCGCAAUGUCGAGGGUGGAACAGUGCUCUACGCUCAUCCGACUUCCUUGAUGUUCAAUCGGAAGGCAGAUUGGGUCAUCUUCCAUGAGGUGAUGGAAACAGGCAGCAAGACCUUCAUCCGUGACAUCACCAAGAUCGAGAAGAAAUGGCUGCUGGAAUAUGCAUCCGGGUUUUACCAGGCAAAGUCUUGA